AGCUAUGAUUUUGCUGACCACUGCGAGCCAAAUUGCUGUUUUCCUGCCUUCAAAUGGUUUAGUUUAACAGUCGGCACUCCGAGAUUAAAGGUUUGUUCGCUAUCAUCGCGUAAGUUUGCGAUACUCUGGCGAGUUUCUUUUUCGAAAAUUAGAAUAAAAUUGGAUUCGAAAAUGGUUUCUCUGAAAUUGGCUGGAUUUUUAAUGAUUGCAUUGGCGUAUGCAUCAGCAGUACACGGCGACGAUGAAGUACUCGAUGUAAUAAAAGAAGUAAAAAAGCCAAUUCUAAAUCAGACCAAACAAAUAAUCGAAACGCAAACUGAAAAAAAAGGAUUAUUCGAUUCGUUCAAAGAGAAAGUAUCAGGAUACUACGACACAGCCGUGCAAAAAAGUAAAGAAGCCUUUGAAGCAACCGCAGACGCUGUAUCAGACGGAUACAAUAAAUUGAAAGAUUCUUUUGUAGAUAAAAACACCGAAAGUCCAAAAACUACGAUAACUACGAUUGGCGAGGGCCAGAUUUAAUUUAUUAUAAAAGUGAUUCUUUUUUUUUUUCAUCAUUAUUUAUACCACUUUUUUAUGAUUUUGUUUUCGUUUGUAAAUAGUACAUACAUACAAAAUGUGUGUGGCAUUUAUUUAUUUUAUGGUUUAAAUAUAUUUUGGAAUUAAAUGUGUUUUUGUAAACGUG